AUGUUGGCCCCGCUCCUCGGAGCAGACUUCAGUCUAUGCUUCAGCCUCAGCGUCAGGACAGGACUGACCACAGCUGACCAGGAGCGCACACGCAGGGAGCGUCCAACAAGUGGCACAUUUUCCGAAUUAAUUACAUCUGACAUAAUGUCAGAAGAAAAGAGCUCCGUGGUCACUUCGCUGAGCGAGAGUGAAAACCCAAACGUGAGUGUGCUCAGCUGGGAACAAGUCCAGCGCCUGGACUCCAUUCUAACGGAGACCAUCCCGAUCCACGGCAGGGGCAACUUCCCCACUUUGCAAAUGCAGCCGCAGCAGAUUGUGAAGGUGGUCAGGAGCCGUAUGGAAGAGAAGCACAUUCACGUCCGAGAGGUGCGUCUGAACGGCUCUGCGGCCAGUCACGUCCUCCACGAAGACAGCGGACUGGGCUACAAGGACCUGGAUCUCAUCUUCUGCGCUCAUAUGAAAGGAGAGAGUGAUUUCCAGAUUGUGAAGGACAUAGUGCUCGACUGUCUUCUGGACUUCUUACCUGACUGUGUGAAUAAAGAGAAAAUAACACCUCUAACCUUAAAGGAAGCAUAUGUGCAGAAGAUGGUGAAGGUGUGCACUGACUCGGACCGCUGGAGCCUCAUCUCUCUGUCCAAUAAUCGAGGGAAGAAUGUGGAGCUGAAGUUUGUGGACUCUCUGAGGCGACAGUUUGAAUUCAGCGUUGACUCGUUUCAAAUUAAACUGGACUCUCUGCUGUUGUUUUAUGAAUGCUCUGAGAACCCCAUGGCCGAAACCUUCCAUCCCACAAUUAUGGGAGAAAGUGUCUACGGCCACUUCAGGGAGGCUCUGGACCACCUAGAGCACAAGAUCAUCUGCACCCGCAACCCAGAGGAGAUCCGGGGUGGGGGUCUGCUCAAGUACUGCCACCUGUUGGUGAGGGACUUCAGGGCGGCCUCUGAAACUGAGAUGAAGUCUCUGCAGAGGUACAUGUGUUCACGGUUUUUCAUUGACUUCCCUGACAUUGGUGAGCAGCAGCGUAAACUGGAGUCAUAUCUUCAGAAUCACUUUGUGGGCCUUGAGGACCGCAAGUAUGAUUAUCUAAUGACUCUUCAUGGGGUAGUCAAUGAGAGUACGGUGUGCUUGAUGGGACAUGAGAGGCGGCAGACCCUAGGACUUAUAGCCAUGUUAGCGGUGCGUGUCCUGGCAGAGCAGAAUGUCAUUCCCAAUGUAGCCAACGUCACCUGCUACUACCAACCUGCUCCUUAUGUUGCAGACGGUAACUUUAGUAACUACUAUAUUGCACAGGUUCAGCCUGUGUUUGCCUGCCAGCAGCCGGCCUACUCCACCUGGCUGCCCUGUAACUGA